UAUUGCUGCGUGGUGAUGGGUAACUGUUGUUGAGUUUCUUUGCAUUUUUUUGUGUUUGGUUUUUUCGUAGUUUGAAAAGCCAGCCAAGCAUGCUUUGAUUGAGGAGACUGUUCGGUAUGAAUGACUUGGCACCAGGAGUUGAUAGUUCCCCAUCUUUAUCCCUACAUGGUUUGCGAAGACUAUCCAGAUAUCUAUAGAACACGGGUGAGACUAAGAUUAAUAGCAGCAGCAGCAGUAGGAGCAGGAGCAGGAGCAGCAGGAUCCCUCGUCAUGGUGAUGGAGAUGGAGAAGGUCUGGAACAACGGCCGCUCCUCGGUCCUGUCUAAGAUCCACCCGACUAGUUCAACUCUGUGGGAGUCACUUCCAAUUGGUGCGCACAUGGAUGAAAUUCACAAGAGUCAGACACAGAAAUCUUAGAUGCCGCUGCUAGUCUAAUGCUCAAAUCCGAAAUCCGUGUUCCGAACUCGACGGAGUGUCGAUUAUUGCUGUCGUCUUACAGGGGAACUCCGAACACCCACUGGGCAGGGACGGAGUGUAGAUGUAUUACUUACUGAUUUAGUGCUU